CUUUUACACAAUCCUGAACGCAACACAACACCCGUCACUUCGCACCUGCGCGUGUCCUGCUUUUGUAUCUUCUACUUCACUGUUUCGGUGCUCUCACAGUUAUCACAAGUAUUCCUACAGCCAGCAUUUGUGGGGUGUCUGAUCUUUGACGGCAUCCUACCUCACUUGCACGGAGGAUCCGUCCCACGAGAGCAAUGGCCGCAGUACUAUCAACCAGAAGUCUGGACGUUGGGAAAGGCCUUGAGAAACGUGUCGAGAAUGUCACCAUCCGUGACAUAUCCGCGACCGAAGUGCCUCAACCUGCUCAGACCGACUAUCAAGACAGAAACGGCCGGCCACAGUGGUUAACAGUUUCUCCAUAUCUCGAACCCGAGCACCUUCUCGAUCUUCGGACACUAGACACGCCCAAUCGCCUCCUCGCUCUGGCGUUGACGACAUUAAUACCAGCCACCACCGAGUAUGCGACUAUCAGAUACGAGGACGCCUUCGACUGGGCCAAACUAAUGUCUUCCUUGAGAUCUUUGGCCAAGAUGGAAGGCUAUCGAUGGACGCACCAAGAAUUGUAUGUGGUGGAGUUUCGGUCCAAGUUGAAGGCUGAUAUUGACGUCGACCUCCUCUUGAAACUUGACAAGUUCUCUCACGCGGAAGCCACACAUGCGGGCAAUCUGCUCAAGUACUGGUACGGAGUACCGAGUCCUGAACGAAGGAAUCUAGCAACAUGUUUAUGGAGAAGUAAGGAGGACGCGAUCCUGGGAGGCACAGGACCCUGGCAUAAGCAAGCACGUGGUGUCAUCUCGGCAAUGUAUGAGCAGAUUGAUGUCAAGGGCCUACGUCUAACCAUCGAAGACGACAUCGAGACUUGGAGUUUCGCGCCCUAUUGAUAUUGCACGAGGGCAAGCAUUGGCGGCCGUGUACAGAAAAAAUAACCCUUGUCCAUUCUCCUGCAUAGCCGGGAGGUGGACAGUGAUGCGUUCUAGUGGCGUCGAUACGCCAGACCUGUGGUUCUUUCUCAUGGCAAACACUUAUGUAGGCGGUGCCGC